AUGCCUUGUUUAUCACCCGGAAAAUACGAGUGGGAAGACCAUCGGCCUCGAUCAGGGAUGUGGAAAGGUACGAGUGGCGGUGAAGUCUUCUCCUUCACUGGCUGCGACGAUGACCAGACCUCAGUCGACACUCCGCAAUUGUCAGGGAGUACGUGGACGGGUGCAAUGACGUAUGCAUUCAUUCAAGCCUUAGAACGCGGACACGGGACGACUUAUGGGAGCUUAUUGAAUGCGAUGCGAUCAACAGUUCAUGAGAUCUUUGACAAGAAAAAAGGUAGAGAGCUUGUUGAAGUUGACAGCGAUUUUCUCAAUACUCUUCUUGGUUUGCUCAUCUUAGGCGCUGCUCCUUCUGAGGGUGAGGAAGCAACCCAAGCCCCACAAAAAACUCAGGAACCACAACUGAGCGCUAACGAGCCAUUUGAAGUGUACGAGAAGCUCUUCUCUUUAUGA